AUGUUAGCAGAUCCCAAGGAUUUCGCGUUCCAAUUUGCGGUGUCGAAGACGUAUACUACUCCAGCUGCGAUUUCCUCGUUGGCGUUUGGGCAUGCUUUCCAUUUAUAUGCUGGAUCUGUGGACGGCUCGUUAAGAGUCUACGAUCUCUCAAGUUGUAAAGUGAUUAAAGCAAUAAGGGGACUGGAGGGCGAAGUGUCGUCUAUCAUUUGUAUGAAGAGGCCUGGAUCUGAGCUGCGGGAUGCGUGGGUUGCGCAUGGACAUCGUAUAUCUAAAUUCAAACUCGACCAACCCAAAAUGAUCCAGACCCUCGAAGACGCGGUUAAAACGAUCACGAUUGGUGAAAACGAAGAUGACGCCGUUAAUGAGCUUGCUUUGCAUUACAAUAAAACCCAUCUUGGUUUGGGUACCGAUACGGGUACUGUGGCUGUUGUGGACUUGGAGACGUUUGAGGUGAAGAAGUUGAAGACGAAGCAUACGAGUAUCUGUGGCGCAGUCCAGUUUAUCGCGGAUCGAGGGAGGGAUAUCGUGUCUGCGGGCUAUGAUCAUAUGUUCAUACACCAUGACUUCGUAACCGGCGAAGUUGUAUCGCAAGCCUCUAUCCCACCCCGGGCGACAACUGACAACAACGCAACCUUGUCACCACCAUUCAUCAUCUCGUUUGGAAUCUCAUCCAGUGGUGUAAUCGCCGGUGGGACGGCCUGUGGUCGACUAUGGAUCGGUAUCGGUGGGGAGAAGCGUCCCGACCGCAAGAAGACGAAAAAGUGGGAGGGCCUGAGUCCCUCUGAGAGCGCUGCCGUCGCCGCGGCCGAAGGACCUAUCGCGUCUGUCUGUUUCUCGGAGCCCCGAGUGUUCACGACAUCGACGAUGCUGGGUAUCCUCACGCAAUGGGAGAUUGUCUUCCAGGAGGAAGACCGUCAAAUCCUACUCAAAAUGCUCUGGCAAGGGCAAACCCAAAACAUGGAAAAGGUCAACAAGCUCGUUGCCGAUGAUAAGCGUAUCAUCGUUGGGGGGUUGACGAAGGACGGGAAGGGUGUUAUUGAGGUUUGGCACAAGCAACCGAGCCCAGCGAGGAGUGGUGGGAAUGGUGAUAUUACGACGGGUGGUGCAGCCCAGUGA